UUCCAAAAAUCACAGUAACGCACACGGUCAGAACCCGGCAGAGCUCUGCUCGCUCUCAGCUGAAACAAUGACAGGCUGAACAAUUUCUCUCUGUAUCUGGGAAGAAUCAUUUUCAGUGGAUUCACACUUUCUGUUGAAUUUUCUGUCCUUUUUCUGAAAUUUUUGUGGAUUUUUUUUUAAUUAUUUUUUUUUUUAUUUAUUUAUAUUGUGGAUAGGGAGUUUAUUUUUCAAAUGGAUGAAAGCCGCCUGAGUCCUCUGUGAUCGUUGAGUCGGCACUGCUUUUUUGGUGGUGCAGGCCUGACACAACCAGCUCUUAUCCUGCUUCACCGGCUCAGCAGAGCAGCUGUAACAGAGGCGUUUCUGACAGGCAUUUCUGUCUGCACUUUGAGAACCUCGGUUCUGGAUCACGGAGAAUCUGUCUUGAGCAAUGCUUAAUCUGGAUGUUAUGGCAGCUGGUCUGAAUCCUCAGAUUUCUACCUCGCUGAGAUAAGCUGGAUUUCCAUGGUGUGAACUUGUCUCAUGAACCUGGACUUUGUCUUCUGUUGUUUUGCUCUGGAACCCUGCUACCCUGCGCUUUCUUUCUCUCUUUAUGAUUUGACUGCUGGAAUACACACGCAGAGGUUGAUUUUUUGGGUUGCCGGAUGCUUCCUGCUUCUCCAUGGCAUGCUGUUUCAGGUCCCACCACCAUGGAAGCUGGACUCUUAACACCCCAGAUGAUGAAACUGACCAGCACCACAGUACAAUGGUGGGAGAAGGGGGCAGCACAGGGGACAGCACCCCUCCCCCAAAGCGUAAAGGCAAGCUUUCUACCCUUGGCAAGAUCUUCAAACCCUGGAAGUGGCGGAAAAAGAAAAGCAGCGAGAAGUUCAAGGAAACUUCCGAAGAACUGGAGAGAAAGAUGUCGACAAGGCGUACGCGACAGGAGCUUAUAGAGCAGGGGGUGCUGAAGGAAAUCCCCGACAACGAUGGAGAUGCACAACAUGUGAAACAGUCCUAUGUGAAGAACGGCCACACUUUGCCGGUCGUCAGCGGAGGAGGAGGAGUCAUCAGCAGUGGCAGGAGCCCAUGCAACCAGGGCAAACUUCCCCCCGAGUCAGACUAUAGGAAGAACCCUGCGUGGCUCAGCCAGGCAGACGAUCGCAGGGGGCAGUCACCCUCCAACGGAGACCGCCGCGGAGCUUCUGGCCCCAGGGCCACAGGACUCGCUGAAGACGGAUGGAGAAGUGGAGGGAUGGGGCCACGGGGACACGGGGAGGGAGAAUGGAAAUCGAACCUGGCCUGGCAGGGUCAGAUCCACGGGCAGAUGGAGGAGGGCAGACGUGGAGGUCGGCUUCACCCCGAGGACGGGCAGAAGAGGCCGGGCCUGCAGAAGGCUCCAUCAGAGGACGGCAGGAGGAGUCGGCCUGCCGAAGCAGACUGGAAGCCUACACUCCCCCGACAUGCAUCUGCAGAGGAGGGAAGGGUCCGCAGAGAGUCAGACAGCCAUUUUGUGCCUGACUCAGAGGCCCUGCAGGAUACGCUGCGGGAGCCUCUGCCACCCAAACAGUCAGUCAUGGCUCCAAAGUGGCUGAUGAGCUCAACGCCUGAACCCGGCAAUGAGGGUCCACAUCGGAUAACGUGCAGUCACCCCGCCGCCCAGUACUCCUCUCCCUCGGCUGCCACUUCCAAACCCGCUCGGUCCGUGUCUUCUGCGGGUGCCGGUACUCAGCAGUCCUCAGCUUCACCCCUCACCUCCACCUCUCAGCCCGCCAAGCAGCCGCCUCUGCCGCCGCCCAAGCCCGUCAACAGAGGCAACGCAGCCAUGUUGGUCUCCGCCCUGCAGGGGGGAGAAAACGCUCAGCUUCCACUCUACUGGUCCUGCUGGAAGCGAGAGUGCGACUAUGAUGUCUACCUGUCCCUUCCUGUCUACCUGUGCCGGCGGGCCGGAGGCCUGCGCUCAGGCGACUUCACCCAAACCACAGGAGGAGCCAGUCUUGUGCCGGCCAAGCCGUCUCCCCCGAUGCCUCCUAAGAGGACCACCCCAGUCACCAAGCGCAACACAGAGGACUCUUCAUUGAGCCAUCCCAGCAACCCCUCCCCUCUGUCUCUGGAGGACCACAGCAGCCUCUCUGUAGGUUUCCAGCUGCCCCCUCCUCCUCCUUCCCCACCUCUGCCCACUCACAUACCACCCUCUCCACCCCGCCAGCACAUACACACCCACCAUCUCCAUCACCAACACUCUUACCCCCACCCUCUUCCCCAGCCCAUUCCAAUGCUGUUCGACCCGCCGAGCCCGACUCACGACUCCCCUCAGCGCCCGGCCCCCGUCCCUCUGCACAUCAUGAUCCAGCGGGCCCUGUCCAGUCCCGGCCCAGCUCAGCCGCAUCCAGAUGGGUCACAGCGUGCGCACACUCUGCUUUUUGAAACUCCUCCAGAGUACCAAGGAGACCGCGGUCGUCCCCUGCCCGUCAGCAUCCAACCACUAAAACUAUCUGAAGAUGACUACUCAGAGGAGGAAGAUGACGAGGAAGAGGAAGAGUAUGAUGGGGAAAUCCCUCAGCCAGAACUUGAACCGCGGAGUCGCCGAUGCUUGGUUGGUGACGCCGGGGUUUGUAUCAUACCGGGGGGAAAUGGCAGUGAGGAUGAAGAAGAAGAGGAGGAGGAUGAAGAAGAAGAUGAGGAUGAUGAAGAUGGAGAACACUGUAUGCAUGGGGAGGACAGUGACUCAGAUGGUCCAGUGCUUCAUAAAGAUGAAGACUCAGAUGAGGAUGAUGAGGAUGAGCCUCCACCAAGCGCCCUGGCCAACAGGGUCAGGAGGAAGGACACCCUGGCUCUGAAGCUGAGCAGCCGUCCUUGUGCUCCGGACAGGGACAGGUUCAUCCAGGAGAGGAGCAGCAGAGACGACCAUCCUCCAGGACAAACCGGCCUCACCUGGCAGAGCAGAGAGCAGUGGGAGGCCAUUCGCACGCAGAUUGGCACUGCACUCACACGGCGACUUAGCCAGAGACCCACAGCUGAGGAACUCGAACAAAGAAACAUCCUCCAGCCCAAGAAUCAGGCUGACAGGCAGGCAGAGGUUCGAGAGAUCAAACGGCGGCUGACCAGAAAGCUGAGUCAAAGACCAACGGUUGCAGAGCUACAGGCCAGAAAAAUCUUGCGAUUCCACGAAUAUGUGGAGGUCACAGAUGCUCAAGACUAUGACCGGCGGGCAGACAAGCCCUGGACUAAGCUGACUCCAGCUGAUAAGGCAGCCAUCCGGAAGGAGCUCAAUGACUAUAAGAGCAAUGAAAUGGAGGUUCAUGAAGAAAGCAGAAUUUACACAAGGUUUCAUCGGCCCUAGCGUCCGCCACUCUCGGAUAAUAAAGCACUUAAGAUUUUUGUGGAAAGAAGCUGCUCUGCAAGCAGACCUGUCGCCCUUUUACGUUUCCAGAAUGUGCUGUACUGUUGAUCAGGGAAGGCCUGGAAAUGACUCGGAACAAGAGUCCUCGUCGCUUGCCUUCCAUCGCCCUCUCACUACGUUGCUUUUCCUGAACUGAGGUGCUGGUGGGUGAGGACCACGUGCAGUAUUUCUCCCAGACGCCAGGGGGACCCACGUGCCAAUGAAGUGUGGAGGUGGCAGAGCUUCAGCACAGGGCUUAUGCUCACUCUGCUAUAGUGUGGUACCCCUCAGGGACUCGGAUAUAGUUACCUUUAACGCGGCCUCAUUCUGUGUUGCCUUUUCUUCUUCUUUACUGUAUAUAGAAAUGCCAACUUGUCUUGUUAAUGUAAUAGCAUACAAUAAAAUAGUAAUAACAAUGACCUUAUAAUACACAGUAAUAAUAGAUAAGAGACAAGCUGCUACAUCAAGAGUGGAUUGAGAGUGAAGACUGGGAUACUCUGCUUUAGGACUGAACAUCUCUGGGAUAUUGUGUGUUUUAUAUUAUUGUGUACAGACUGCUAUUGUUAUACUUUAGAAUGUGACUGGGAAAGAUCUAAUGACAAAAUAUUCUAUAAUGAGCAAGAUAUUUUAUAUUGUCAUUUUGAUUACAUGAGUAGUGACGGCUUUUAUACGAGCCUUGCCUGUACUUGUGGUUGUGAUGUGAGGUGGCCAUUUAAGCGUCAAAAUAGUUAGAGAGAAAUGCGUGUGGGGAGGCUGUUGGUGUCUUUGUGUGCCAACGUCACUAAUGCCUAACGGAGAAUAGGAUUCUGAUUUCUGCAAUCCACUGCAUGAGCCAACACUAAAUCCAGUGCCAUUGGAUCCGGUUGAUCUCUCUUCAUUUAUACUUUUUUUUUUUAUGAGUUUUUGUACUUCCCUUUAAAGCUCUAACAUACAAUGCAUUCUGUAGUCUUUUUCAGUAAGGUCAUUCUGAUAGUCUCUCUGCUAAGUCAAAUGUAAGUUGCUGUGAGCAUAGAUCAGGGAUUUAUCAAAAGAAAAAAAAAAGAUAAACGGUAAACAGGGAGUCAUUUUGGCUGGAGCCUUUUGAAUCUGCAGAAGUGUUUUAUCUUGCGUCGUCUGGCCAGUAGCUUACAGGGUCCUCACUACUGUGUACAUGUUGGUAUAGGUUUAACUGAUGCUUCUGUAUAUCUUGUCUUCCUUUUAAUUUGAAAGCAAAUUUUAAAUAAAAGCAUUAUAGGUUGCUAUUUUUUUAAUUGCACAAUAUUAGUUUAUGAUUAAAUGCUACCAGAAGGGGAAUAAAAGUGUACGUUUUCUGUUAAAGUAUGUUCAUUUUUAAUUGAACUGUAUGAGCUGGCAAUUUUUGUUUUUCUGUUUAUUUGUAAAUAGUCACUUCUGGAUCUAAUUAAAAUAACUAUAAUUCCUAUUUCUUAAACCUGUGAAAUGAGGCUGCAUAUGAGUCCUCUUUUUAAUGUGUCUUUCCUCAUGACAGUUUAUAUUGAAACUUCUAAAGCAAGAACAUGGAGCUGCAGCAACACCUUGUGGUGGGUUGCAUUUUCGUCAUCGCUUAACCUGGAAAUUGUAAGCGGGUGUCUUGGGUAUUUGAAGAUACGUUACUGAAUGGUAGUUAAUUUGCUGUCAUUAAGGGUUUUUGUUUGUUUGGUAAUUUUAUAGACUUGGAUAACACUGAUACAUAAGUUAAAGAGGGAAACCAGCAUCUUCAAUAGCUACAGACUGAACAUGAGGAAAAUGUCAACCAAAUGCACAUUAAAUGUAUUUGUUUAACUAAGAUUUGGCAUGGCGAGCUAGAUUAUAACUGGCAGCACAUACGGUCCUGUUUUCUCUCACAGUUCCAAAAUGUUAGAAAUCUGAUGAUUCUAAAUUGACCACAGCGAUGAGGGUGACGGGAUGCUCCUGCGUUACCCAGUAACAGCACCGGGUGCA